GUUAUGGUCAAAAAGAAAGCUUUGGAAAGGUUGACAACUGAAGUAAUGCAAUUGCAUGACAUUCUACCCAAAGUAUUGAAUAAUGAUAUCUUAGAAAGCUUUCAGAAACUGGAUGCCCUUGAAACAAUUGUAGAAAAGAAAGGUAAUGAAUUGGAACAAUUGAGAAUGGAUUGUGAACACUAUAAAGCUCGCUUGGAAGCAGCCCAAACAGAUUGUGUGAGAGAGAGAAAGGAAAAAUUAAGUAUUCGACAGCAAUUGAACGAUGCAAAGCAACAAUUAUUACAACAAGCUGAAUAUUGUACAGAAAUGGGUGCUGCAGUAUGCACAUUAUUGUGGAGUGUUUCUAAUAAUGAAGAAGCAGUUAAAAAUAUCCUGGGAAGUGCUCAAGCUGUAAAGUUUUUUAAUAUUGCUGGACAAACAAUGGAGAGUUUUGUCCGCACAUUAAGUGAAGAUAACAAACGUCAGGAUAUGGAUUCUGAUGAAAGCCAGUUUGUGUUAGGUUUGGCUGGGAUUGUUACAAAUGUUGCUGCUUUAGCAAUCGGUCGUGAAUUCCUUGUUAGUUCAAAUCAAGUACUGUUGGACACAAUGAUUCAACUGCUAAGAGAUAUGAAGCCAGGAUGUUGCACCAAACUGAAAGUGCUGAUGCUGAUGUCCUUAUAUAACAUUAGUAUCAACAUGAAAGGUGUGAAGUACAUCAGUGAAAACACAGGAUUCUUCCCAUUACUCUGGUGGCUCCUGAAUGACCCAGAUCCAGAAGUAUGUUUUCAUGUACUCCGACUUCUCCAAUCCAUGGUUAUGGAACCAGAGAUAUUAACUAAAUCAGCUCUUGAAAUACGUGACUCCCUACCACUUCCACGUAUCCUUAUGCUAUCAAAGAGCCGUAAUAGAGAUCUACAAAUUCUGGCCCAAGAACUGCUUGAGGACCUAAAAGUAUUAGAAGGUGAAAUGUAA